GAAAUGCGCGUGCGUAUUAAAUUUCUUACGAGCACGUGUUAAGUAUUUAUUAAGUGAUUGUUUUGAUAUGCAGUAAAUAUAAAAUGAGAGUGAAAUGAUAAGAUUGAGAAUUGAAAUAAAUUAUAUUAUUUUCGUACAAUUGGCUUUAACAUAUUAAAUCCCUUGUUGUAAAAUAAUAUUUUGAUUGAAGUUGAUACAAAUUUUUUAAUUAUUACAAUAAUAUAUUAUACCUGGUGAUUAAAAGAUAAAUUUUAUUUUUGUGACAUGUUUAAAAAUCUAUUGUGUUCUGUGUUAUCAAGACUCAAUUAAUACUUGAAAAAAGAAAUGAUAUUAUCGCAUUUUGAUUGAAAUUCCAUUUCCGUAUAUGGAUGUUAAGUGUUAAAUAGUGAGAGCGAGGAUAUUGAACCAAGAUGUUUAAAGGGUUUGAAGAUGACGCAGGCGCAAAAUUGCAAAACUUCAAUUCUAGUCAGAAGGUGCGCAAUUUUGUGCGGGUCUUUAUACAACGUUGGAGGGCGUUUUAUGCGGGGGAUGCUGCAAAUCAUUUGAGUAUAACACCACCUGUGAUGGGUAACCUGCAGAGUGAUGGCAAGAAAAAACAACGAAAAUCAAAAGACUCAAGUGCCAUCCUCGAUGAUCCAGGAACUCCCAUCCAGUCAUCAAAUGUUAAAAUAUCUCUUGACAAAGCACGAACACCUGUCAAGAGACCUGCACCAAAACCUCCACCUAUUGUCAAGCCACAAAGAGACAGAGAUGAGGAGGAAGAAUUGGAGAAGAAGAAAAAGAUCAAGGAGAAUGUACAGAAAGAUGAAGAGGAACAAAAACAACAACGGGAGGAAGUUAGAAAAUCAGUUUCAGUAUAUGUGGAUAUUAAGUCCCAACGACCAUCCGAUCCUGCUGCUGUCUCCCCACCCACUAGUGAGAACGUGGAGGGCAAGGAGAGGAACAUCAUUUGCUCACACACUUCGGAUGAUCCGAUCGCAACGGACCUACUACUCACGAAUGUGCCACCACUCGGGGUUUUACCGGUAGAUACCGAGGGUCCACCGCUACUCGUGACCGACUCAUGGCGUCGUGUUAACAAGAGUGUAACCACCCCGGAAAUCCCAACACCGCCAAGUCAACAAUCAUCGAGCGACAGCGUCUUCACUGAUCCCGAGGAAGUCGCAAUGGUCGCUGAAAAUGAGAAAAUUGAAAAAUCAUCCCUCAUCUAUCCAUCUAAUGACACUGGAAAGGACAAUAAUUUACAAACUAGUGAGGAAUUUAAAUCUCCCUUCACUGUAUCACGUCAUAGGAAAGUUGAAGUGACACCGGUUUCACAUAAAAUCGGGAAUCUGUAUUCAAACUCGGGCAAAUCAUGUCGAAGGCACAGUAUUAACGAUGACGGAACAGUUCUCAAGAGAGUGGCCAGUCUCACUUUAGACAGAGUCACCCUUGAUACAAGAAGCAGUAGAAAGAUAAACUUAACCCCACAAAAAUUAGAGACACAUCGAUUUGAAAAAUUUGAAGGACGUUACGUCGUUAAGUGGAUUACGGCAGGUGUGUUAAAACAUCUAAAUAAAACAACCCAAAUGUCGGAAGCGGAAUUAAAGAAAAUUUGCUCCGCUUUUUGUGUGCAUCUGGUGUCGGCAGGUAUUUUGAAACCUGCCCUCUCCAAUGAAGAAAACUCAACAUUCACGCCAGAUGAUAUAUACUACUGGGCCACACAGGAGCCGGUAGCUUUUAUUCCGGGUAAAUUGAGCCAGGAAUCCACACCUUCAGAUAAUGUACAAUGUCUUCAAGAGGAAGUGGAAAAUUUACAAAAGGAAGUAGAACGACUUCGUCAUUUAGAAAGGAUAAUUCAGGAAAAACAACGUUCAACAAUGCACGAUACAAAUGAAAUAUCCCUUUCAUUAAGGCAUCAUGCAGGAGAUCCAUCAUCAACUCAUUCAAUAGGAGAAAUUGAAAUUUCCUCUCCAACUGCUUUAUCUGGAAUUGGAAGUCCAUUGCCUUUACAUUCAGUUCCCGAAGUGGAGAGCUCGCCACCUCCUUCCAGUAUAUCUGGAAAUGAAGACAAUACACCUCCAUCCAGAGUGUCUGAAAUAAGAGUUAAUCUUUCCAUGUCUAGAACUGAGGAAACUCCUCGUUCAUCCCGAGUUUGUGAAAUUGAAACUCCACCACCUACUGCUAUGCCGAGAAAAAAAUUAGCUGUUUCACCGACGUAUGGAAUAAGAACACCACCUCCUCCUCCUCCUCCUAUGCCUGACAUAAUAGGAGAAUCUCCUCUUCCUUCAUUUGGAAGUCCACCACCUCCUCCGCCUCCAAUGCCGGAAUUAGGAGGCCCACCACCUCCUCCUCCCCCUAUGCCUGGGAUGGCAGAAGUAUCUGGUCUUCUUAUAACACCAGUUCCACCACCUCCUCCGCCUCCAAUGUCUGGAAUGGGAGGCCCACCACCUCAACCUCCGAUGCCUGGAGUAGGAGGUCCACCACCUCCUCCUCCUAUGCCUGGAAUAACAGGAGCACCUCCUCCGCCACCGAUGCCUGGAAUGGGAUGCCCACCGCCACCACCUCCGCUGAUGCCUGGAAUAGGAAUCCCACCACCUCCUCCUCCACCUGGAAUCGGAGGUGCUCCACCUCCUCCUCCUCCAAUGUUUGGAGUUGGAGGUUCACCAGUUCCACCGCCGCCAAUGUCGGGAUUGGGAGGUCCACCGCCUCCUCCACCAUUCGGUAGUCCAGCGCCUUUUCCAACACCUCCAGUUGGAGGAUGGAACCCUCCAAAUAAGCCAGUUAUGAGGAAGGAAUUAUUAAAUCCGGAUAUUCCAAUGAAGCCUCUCUACUGGACAAGAAUUCUCGUUCAAAAUCAAAAAGUACCAGUCGAUAGUCCAGAAUCUCCUGAGACUCCACUAUGGGUAAAUCUUGAGGAAGAUAAAAAUUUAAAUAUCAAAGAGUUUGCCGAAUUAUUUUCACGACAAGUCACUGAAAGGAAACCAACAAUGAAAAAAGACGAUACUAAUAAGCAAUCAAAAAUACAACCUGCUAAAAUUUUAGAUUCCAAACGAUCAAAAAUGGUUGGAAUAUUGGAGAAAAGUCUUCAUGUUGAUUUCAGCGAGGUGGAAAAUGCAGUUUAUAAUUUAGAUACAAGUGUCGUGAAUCUUGAAGCACUUUAUCAAAUUUAUGAAGUGCGACCAACACCAAAAGAAUUGGAAGAAAUUUCAAUGCAUGAAGUUGAACAUCCUGAUAUUCCAUUGGAUUCACCGGAAAUUUUUCUCAAACGUCUAUCUGGAAUUCAACAUUUUGCUGAAAGAAUAGCGUGUCUAAUGUUUCAAAUUGAAUUUCAAGAUGCAAUAUCGACGGUAUCGUCAAAAUUAACAAAUUUACGUUCACUAUGUGAAUAUAUGAAAAAUUCAAGUUCAUUAAAAAAAGUCAUGGCACUAAUUCUUACACUUGGAAAUUAUAUGAAUGGUGGCAAUAGAAUGAGAGGUCAAGCCGAUGGUUUUGGUCUUGAGAUUCUUGGCAAAUUAAAAGACGUCAAGUCUAAAGUACCUGGUGUGACCCUGUUACAUUAUGUCGUCAAAAUGAAAUUAACACUUGAAGGAGAUUACACUUUUGAUGAACCGUUACCGUUACCGGUUCCCGAGCCAGCAGACGUUGAAGCAGCGGGUUCAAUCAAUUUCGAGGAAAUUUCCAAAGAAUUGGAUCGUCUCGAAAGAGAAUUGGAUGGUUGUCGAAGAAAAUGUCAAAUUGUUGUUGAAAGCAAUCCUGAUAAUGCGGGUCCAUUUAAGGAAAAAAUUGAUUCAUUUUUACAAGAAGCCGUGAAGGAAUUAGCGAGUGAAAAAUUAAGUUUACAAGAAGCAAAGAGUAAAUUUCGAGGUGUUAUGGUGUAUUAUCAAUACAUUCCCAAAGGUUGUACGAUUGAUUCGGCCGAUCCUCAUGAUUUCUUUGUACUUUGGCUCUCAUUCUGUCAAGAUUUCAAGGAUAUUUGGAAAAAAGAACAACAAAGAAUAAGAACAGAGAAAAUAGAGCAAGUGCGUCAAAAAUAUGGCAAAAGAAGAAAUUUUGAAGUAGUUAAAAAAAGUGAAACUGGAUUAAAGGCUAGACUGCAAAAAUUAACAUCAAGAAGAUGAGAUAUGGUGUUAUUGUUUAAUAUUAAAAAUUUAAAUAAAAUUUUUUGUGAUAUAUUUAUAA